UUUUUCAGAAAACCGGAUCUCCAAGAGUCAAGAGCACGAAUCUUUUUAGAGCAUUUACUACCUCACUGAGGUCUAUCGAUUCAUGUACAAAUCAUUGGAAUCGGAAGGGGAUACCUGGGACGAUUCCCUCGUUAGCUAUACACAAAUUCACACACAAAUCACAACAUAAUUGACAAAGACAGUAUCCAUAUAUUUUCUCGAUUUCGUACAGUCUAAAAACAUUGAAAUUUAUUUGUACAAUAAAUAAUUUGCUUUUAAAUAACGAUAAAUGAGUACACAUUCACAGUUCUUUUUUUUCCCUCUAGUUUAUUCUACUCUUAAACAAAAUAAGAAAAAAUAUUGUGUUUUCUCUUUCAGAUUCCCCUCUAUCAUCGUCCGGUAUAUUGAGUGAUGAUAGUAGUUGUUAUCAUGAUACAUUAUCAACAUCAAUGCCAAUGGAUAUUGGUGGACAUGAAACAACAUCACAAACACAACAUACUCCACUUCCGUCCACAGCU